UAACUGCAAUGUAACUGCAUAAUAACUGCAUAAUAUAAACAUCAUUUCCCAUAAUAAUCAAUUGAAACAGGUUAGGUUUUAGAAUUAUUUUAAGUGAUUAACAAAUUCCGGUUGAUUUCGUUUUAAUUUUAUAUUAAUUGAACAGUGUAUUCAAUUUUCAAAAAUACUUUUUAUUGUUUGAGUUGAUUGUUUCUGCUAAAGAUUGACUUUUUCCCUUACUAGUAGUAUGAGAUUAUUUGUUGAUGGAUUUAUACUGUUUGAUUCUCCUGAAUUUUGUAUUGCUCAUACUUUUUGUUGUUUAUCAUUGUAAUGAAACGUAAUAAUUAAUUGUCUGAAAUCUGUGAAAUUUUGAAAUCUGAGGCACACUACGAUGCUCAUAUCUCGUCACUGUGCUAUUCUGUAUUACCUUGGUCAAUGUGGUCUUCUGGUACGAUUGUCAUCAGAAAGAAUUGUUGAUUAUAAGAUGUUCCCAUUUAUUUUUGAGAAACGCUUUUGUAAGUCGUGUGCUCCUGAGCUUUUCCCACAUCUUCAAUGCUGUAUUUUCUUUAUUCUUUCCAUUCCGUAUUGUUCUUAUUGAAGGUAGCUUUGGGAGUGUGAGGACAAGGAAGGGUAAGAAAGUGAACGUGAGGAAACACAUAAAGUAAAUGUCAAGGAACCAACUCAUCCAAAAGCUUAAGCUGAUGGUUGAGGCCCCAAGAUAUGUUAUAUAUUCUAACACGCCCCAUGACACGAGAGCCCUUUGGGCGUACCUGGUGCGAAAUGUUCCAAGAUGGUUGAGAUUCGAACUCGUGACAUUUUGUCACGUUGGCUUUUGAUACCAUGUAAAGGAACCAACUCAACCAAAAACGUAAGUUUAUUAUUGAGGCCCAAGGAUGUGUUAUAUACUCUAACAGUAAAAGAGAUAGUGGGUGAAAUACCAUACCAAAAGGGGAGUACAAUAGAAGUGUAGAGAUGAUAUAGGACAUCUAUAAUGGAAAGUGUAAGAGUAUUAUGGAGCUCGUAUCUUAAGUGAUCUCAGUUUUUAUAUUAUAUAAUAUAGUUUGCUCCUACAAAAUCAUGUGUAUUCUUAUUUAUGUGAAGUUGCAUGUGACGUUUGCUACCAAGGGUCGAUCAAAACAACCUCUUUGUUAGGUUACUUACAUCCGACCCUCCAAACCCUAUCUUAGGUGGGAACUACUUGAUGACAUUAGGGUAGUGGAAUGUUGUUGUAUAAUUUGCUCCUAUUGUUAAGAGUGUUGUGGAUAUGUUUAUGGAUUUCAACUAAGAGUGAAUUGUUUUGGUGGUUAACAGAGGGCACUAGCACAAGCUAAUGAUGCAAAAGUAGAAGGGAAUGUAUUGUUUAAAGAUGGGAAGUAUGAGGAUGCAUGGUCGAAGUAUGAAUUUGCUUUACAAAUAGCACCUGAUAUGCCAGAAUCAGUUGAGCUAUGUUCCAUAUGCCAUUCAAACCGUGCAACAUGUCACUCAAAACUGGGUAAGUAUGAAGAGACUGUUAAGGAAUGUUCAAAAGCUUUAGAACUAAAUCCAGCAUAUGUUAAAGCUCGUUUUAGGAGAUCAGAAGCUUAUGAAAAACUUGAACGAUAUGAUGAAGUGAUCUCUGAUAUGAAAAAGAUUUUGGAGCAGGAACCUUCAAAUGACCAGGCCAGGAGAAACAUUGUCCAAUUGGAGCCAUUAGCCCGAGAAAAGAUGGAAAAAAUGAAGGAAGAAAUGAUGGGAAAGCUCGAGGAGAUGGGAAACAACAUACUUGGUCGAUUUGGAAUGAGUAUUGACAACUUCAAAGCCGUGAAGGAUCCUAACACUGGUUCUUACUCUAUUUCGUUUCAACGCUAGUAUACUUGAUGCAUAUCUGCAAUGCACGAAAACAGAAGCAGCUUUGGAACUCCGGGUUGAAACUUUGUUUGGCUCGUUUUUUUGGACAGCUUCUACUGAUGCUCGACGACUAAACGAAAGGGACUAAACCUGCCACUCAAUUUGUUCGAGUUAGCCUGCUGGUUGGUAGUUGUAUUAGCAACCUCUUUCUUCAGAAACUGAUUGCAUUACAAGAUUAGUGGUUGUCUCAAACUUAUUUUAUGCAAAUUGCAUUAUGAUGGCUGGAAGUUGCUUGUAACUUAUGUUUUACUGACUGCAAUGUUGUUUUACUUGUCAUUUAACAAGAAUCAUUGCAGAAUACAAGAUCUUUGAUUCGUUUAUUGAGCUUUAUGGAGUAUAUUUUUGUCUUUACUCGACAUUGAAUAUUAGAAGAGCUAUUGAAUUAUAUAGAUUGAUAAUGCUCGAGUAAAGAAUGUGGUCUUCUUCCUAUGUCUUGAAAACUUUAGUACUUAAUCUACCUCAAAGUAGUCAUUGAACAUACUAUAGUAGGUCUAUUUGUCAAAUAGAUGUUAGUUGGAGUUAUAAGCAUAUUUUAACCAGUUGAACGUAUUAGUUGAUAAGCCAUUUAUUUAAACUAGUUGUUUAAGUCAGCUGCUAAAAAAUUAGUUAUUGGUUAUUGGCUGUUUAUUAGAGUAAAGUAAGCCAAAAACCAAAAGCUAAUG